GCUCUUGUGUUCGCGUUUGAGAAGCGACUGAGUUACAGAAGCCAUGGCAGGAGUUACAGCGCGAGUUGGUGUGAUAUUUGGGCACCUGCAGCGCCAGGGAGCCCGCCCGAGCCCGGUACUCUGCACGGUGGCGGCCAGCAAGAGGAGCUCAAGUUCAGCUGCAGGUGACGCCUGGUGGGCCAAACACUCAAGGGUCCCCGUGUUGGACUCCGAGAUGAGCUACUUCGACUCAGACCCAGGUGCUGACAAGACAACAGUGAUCUUCCUCCAUGGCAACCCCACAUCCUCCUUCCUGUGGAGGAACAUCAUCCCACUGGUCCAGCCACACGCACGCUGCAUCGCCCCCGACCUCAUCGGCAUGGGACGCUCGGGCAAGAACCCGUCAGGCUCCUACAGAUUCGUGGACCAAUAUCGCUACCUGAGCGCCUUCUUAGACAAGAUAAACCUCCCCUCUAAGGUGUACGUUGUGAUCCAUGACUGGGGUUCAGCCCUGGGGUUCCACUGGUGUCACCAGCACCCUGUCAGGGUCCAGGGGAUCGUGUUCAUGGAGGGCAUGGUGAAGCCUGUGCCGGGCUGGGACUACUUUCCUAAAACUGGCAAGAGGGCUUUCCAGGCAUUGCGAAGUCCUGCCGGAGAAGAGAUGGUCCUGCAAAACAACUUCUUCGUCGAGCGCCUCUUAGUCUCUGAACUCCGUGGCAAGCUGACCGAAGACGAGGUAAACGCCUAUCUCGAGCCCUACUUAGUGCCAGGUGAGUCGCGUCGCCCCACACUGACAUUCCCGCGAGAGAUCCCCGUCAUUGGCGACGGCCCUGAGGACGUGAUCCGGAUCGUCAGCGCGUACAGUAAGUGGCUGGAGGAGACGAGGAUCCCGAAGCUGUACAUCCACGCCGAGCCCGGGUGGUUCAGCGGCGCGCUGAAGGGCGUGGCGGAGGCACUACCGAAUGUCAGGACCGUGACAGUGAAGGGCCUGCACUUCCUGCAGGAAGUCUCUCCCCAGGAGAUAGGGCGGGCUGUCGCUGACUUCAUCGCUUGAGCCUUCAGAUGCGAAGCUAUGACACCCACAAAUUUCUGUGGUGCAAUAAUGUCUAUGAAAUAAUCAAUAGUUUUUAUAUGGGGAAUUUUUAUAUGUAAUUCAAUGUGUUUAUAAAGUAUGUGACUGAAGCACUAUCUUGACACUUGAUAUUUGUUUCACGUAAUUUGUAAGGUAACAACCUUCUCAAAGUCUGUGUCAAAGUAAUGAAAAUGCAAGAAUACAUAUAGCAAACUAAGGAUUUUAUUUCAAUAUUCCUACAUUAAUUCUGAAGGUAUGAUUCAAUUGUUGGUAGAUGUAAUGGCAAAAUAAGUAGCAGUUAGUCUGUGGCAUUACUAUGCACUGGCUAUGCCUUGGUCAAGAAAAUGGUCUAUCUAAUGUAACAGUUAUCUAAUGGGUCAUGUCUGAUGCCAGGAUCAUCAUUUUCAACACACUGAUCUUAGAAGUCUGUACUUUGCAGUGGAUGGAUUACAUGUCUGACCACAAAACCAUUUGUAGCAGUAAGCAAGUACAAAACAUAAUCAUGCUGGCUUCGUGAAAGUGCAAUGUACUAGAUGUUACAUUUGCAACUAACGCUCAUUAUGGUUGUAAAACUGCAUUGAUUGUCCUGUGUCCACCACUAUACUGACUUUUGCUACAACAUAAAAACAAGAAAUCAAAAAUACUACACAUUUACAUGUACAAAUGUAGAUCCAUUGCAUUAACUCCCUUGGCUACUUGAUGCCCUUUGCAGCUAGUUGCUCCUUCACUGUUGCCAAAUACUGAGGAUCAGGGUAGCCGUAGCUGCAAAAAAAGUGAAAACAAUAAAUAUCUUUUAGUUACAAUGUU